AGAGCUGCGCAGCUGUUCGCACAACAGCUGUGAGUCAGAGGGAGUUACCAGAAAGGACAAAGCCAGUUAUAUUUUCCCGUUCUCACUGUCUUGAUUGCAGUCGACAACACCACUGGAUUAACUUCUCACGCGAAGGAUAGAAGUUGAAGUGACGCAACACAAUGACCCGUCCUUUGGUUGUGCUUUUGGCGUGUGUGGCGCUCGCUUCUGUUGUGCAGCCUGGCAUGGCAGAGCCUGAACCGGACUCCAAAGUGCGAGUGAAAAUCGACCCAAACGAUUCGAAAGUCGAUGCGAAUGUGGAAGUUCAGAAAACGGAUAACGAACUCUCCGUAAACGUCCACUCCCAAUUCCUGGGGCCGGAUAACGAGGACAAGUUCUGUUGCUUGGUGGACGGCGUGAUCCACAACAACGGCACAGUCUGGAUAUAUGGCAACGGGACCGAGUGUAUCUGCUUGGAGGGUCGAGAGGACUGCAGACAUAGUCAUCUGUAAUGGCGACCUCAUGAACACUGAACACCGACCGACUGACGAAAAGGAUAAGACGUUCACAUUUAAGACUUCUUCAUGACGACUCUAACGACGGCUAAACGACGAUAAUGUGUAAGAGUAUCCGCUUAACAAACCAUCGAAGUGUCAGCGAGUCCACAAUAACAAGCUGUUCAAGAGGAUAAGGUAACAGGAUUCCACGUUGUUCAGGAUUAGAGCAAGAUUCCACGUUGUUCAGGAUAUUAGAGCAAGAUUCCACGUUGUUCAGGAUAUUAGAACAAGAUUCCACGUUGUUCAGGAUAUUAGA